CAUUUACUUUUCUACCCUUUGAGAUGCCAGAAGCAAUUUCCUCUCGAAGCUGACUUCCUUUCUGGAAAUGAUUUUCGUCUCCAACCAUGCUGAGGCUCUUUGCUCAUUCUUUCAUUCUGACUAACUUGCUUUUUUUCCUCUGACUUGUUACUGCAUUUGAGUGGAUCUGCUGGAGAUCUUACCAUGGGGUGCGGACUGCGAAAGCUGGAAGACCCAGAUGAUAGCAGCCCUGGAAAAAUUUUUUCUACGCUGAAGAGACCACAAGUUGAAACAAAGACGGAUUCUGCUUAUGAAUAUGUGUUGCUGGAUUUUACUUUAGAAGCUUCCUCAAAUCCAGAAGUUAUCAAGAUCAGUUCUGUGUUGGAUAUAGCAUCAAAGGUGGAAGACUAUUACAACAUAGGCUAUGUCGUAGGAGCCGUUCAUCCUAUUAUGCUACCGAUUGGACGUAGAAGGCAUUUCCCUGCAAGUCAUAUGUAUCGAGUGGUGCUUUCACGAUUAAAAUUAAGCCAGAAGCAUGCAGCACCCAGAGGACAAAGGCACCCCAGGCUGGUGAUUGAGGAAUGUCCUUUAAUGUAUGAAACACUGACAAAUGAGGCAGUGAAAGAACUGUUAGAAAAGGUUAAUGAAGCUGCUAAAAGAGGAAAGAAGUUUGUGGGAUUUGUAACACAACAUUUUCCUCAGCCUAAAGCCUGUAAUGGAACAAACAAAGAUGGAAAUGCAGAGCUGGACUCAACGCUAGGCAGAAGAAGCAGGGAACACAGAAGAAAAAAUUCUGAUGAGAACUAUAAAAACUGGAACGAGGGGACACUGAGUGGUCAGUCUUCUGAGAGUGGGAUAGAGGAGGAAACGCAAGCAGAAAGCGGACUGUCACAGGAUGCAGAUUUCCAGUUUGGAAAAGAAGGCAGCCCUGUUAAACCACGAAAAGGAGAUGAUAAGCUAUAUACAGUCUUCAAUGUUUUUGAUGAUGAUUCGACCUGCUGGACCUAUCAUGAGGGUGUUUUGUCUAUGAAAGUAACGAGAAAGGGGCCAGUCGUCAGUACGCUGGAGGCAGACUGGCUAGAACUAACCACGUUUUAUUAUAAACAAGGAUUGUCCUUAAUUGAAUCUUUUGUACACUGGGAAGCUUCUAAAGGGGACUACCUGCCCAAAUCUUUGGAAGGAUUAUUUAUCUACGAAGAAGAAGGUUCUGGAGUUCCAGGUUCCAACAGGAAAGGAAAUGAUGCAAUAGUUGUUGAACAAUGGACAGUCAUUGAGGGAUGUGAAAUUAAAACAGAUUAUGGACCUUUAUUGCACACGCUGGCUGAGUUUGGAUGGCUUCUGACCUGUGUCCUGCCUACACCUAUCGUACGACAUGACAGUGAAGGAAAUCUGGCCACAAAGCAAGUUGUUUUUCUUCAGAGACCUGUAAUGUGGAAUUCAGCUAUCCAGACACCAGAGUGGCAGUUCAACCUCUCUCUGAUCAAGAUUCUUCUUCUGUGAUAGUCUUUUAAGAAGCUAUGAAAACCAUGGACGCUUUCACUCAUGUCCAGCACCAGAUUAAUAGCUUCACAAAUUGUGUCAUUCGUGACAUUAUAAUGUUAUAAAGCAAUGAUCCUUCUUCUCUUCCCUUUCUCUAGCUGUAUAAAUAGUUCCAUUAGUCUCUAAAUCUCUUAAAAGUAGUAUUUGAUCUUUCUCUCUCCUUUUCUCCCCUUGUCCAGACUGUUACCGUUAUCUGUAUUUUCCUGUGCUUAGCGUUCUUGAAAUGUAGUCUCCGUUUUUUUGUUCUUGCUCUAUGCAUUUGCUCAUCUCCAGCCUAGCUUCCUUCUCGCUGACUCGCCUGAUGGUUACUUCUUCCAUGCCUGGCCAUUUGACGUGCACGAUUAAAAUUCUGCUGUAUGUCCUAUCUCUACUGCAAUCUCAGUUCCCUGCUAGUGUUUGUACACUGUGUAUAAUUUCUCAUUUCCUCUUUUACAAAGUUUGAGCUCCUUGUUUUUUCUCUUCAGGGCUCUGUGCAGUCUUCCUUGCCGGUGUCUCAAUCUUCUCUUCCAUAUUUACCCUCUUAAAAGUUCUGCCAGUUCCUCAUUUAAUUUUUCCUUCAGUUUCCCCUUUAUGUACCAAGCAUCUUCAGCUUUUAGCUUUCAAAGAAAGCUGCUGACCCCUGCUUUCGUGCCUGGCUGUGUUGUCUGCACGAUUUUUUCCUAAUAUAUUUCUGAAAGUAUGUUUUGGAACGUUGUUUUGGUAUCAGUGCUGUAAGUAUAUAAAACCAUAUGGUUUUGUGUCAGUCAUUAUCAAGUAGCCUCAUCCUUUUCCAGAUGUUUCCCCACUUUUUUAGUAUUAUGUAUAAUAAGGGCAUGGACUCCACUAUAAACACUCUUUUCUUGGGAGCUGUAAGGCAUGUUAUUUCUAAUUAUAAGCAUCUCUUAAAAAGCGGCAUAACUGCAUGAUCCAAAACAUAGGGAGAGUUAAGACUGGACUCUGCCAAGAGAGGUUGCUAUACACACCACAAUUUUGCAAAAACGGUCAGUCUGAGGAGCUGAUAAAUCUUUGAGAAGCGCUUUAAGUUAAAAAUAGGAAACAUUAUGCUGUUUAAAUUCUUUUGCCUGAUCCUGAGGUACUCAACAGAUGGGUGACGUUUACAUUAUUUGAGUUGCGGAAACAUAAGGGAAAGUGCGUUUUGUGGUCGUUCUUUUCCUUUGUUGUACUGGGAAACCCUUGACUUAAGCGUUGCUAUACUGGAAGUCUGUAAACAAGAAAUAGCUACUUUGUAGCUGCUUGCAUCAGAAUUACUGUGUUUAAAAUCUGAACAAACUUGGUAUAUAAAUGUGCCCCUUCAAGUACCAGUGAAUGUUUUACUUCUCUAGCAGGAAAUCUUAGUGCACUGAGGUCAUUUUAUCAUGGGAUAAAUGAGUAGUUCAGGCUGGAGCUGAAACGUUUACAGAGUAACGUUUUCCUUCUGUUUUUCCAAUUAUGUCAGUUUUUCCCUAAAUUUUAAUCUUUUUACUUCAUUGCUUUUUUAACAAGAUUAAAUUAAUCUCUGAAUUGGCAAACAGCAUAUGCCUUCCUUAAAAUUUAAAUUCAUAGAUUUCUUAAUAAUAGCUAAGUGGUAUAGCAUGUCAUGCUGUAGAAUAGCUAGAUUUCAUAGAAGAGCUAGAUUUCAGGUAUAAAAUAAGCUACUGGAUUCCGAAAGCAUUCUCUAUUACUAAGUUUUGCCCUAGGAAUGUUAAUAAACCAGUUUAUUUAAAGUGAUCCCUGGGCAGUCCGACAACAGAGCUGUGCAAUUUUAACAAACCGUUACAAGCAUUUUCUUUUAGAAAAAACAUUUAAUUCUUAUGAUUCUAUAGUGUGGAGCCUGACAUUUAAUUUAUACUGCAUUUCUUGUAAUUGAAGCUUAAAUUACGUUAACGCUGCUCAAGAAAUCUUCAUGUCCACAAUUUUCUCUGUUUCAGGAACGUCCUAAUACUUAAAUAUCUGAAAUAUUCCAAAUGAAAUAAAACUUCCAAAUAAAAAACUGCAUCCCAUUUUAUGUCUUUUUAAGCAUAUCCUUAGCAUGUUUGCAACUCAGAUAUCUCAAGAAGAGUGAUACCUGCAAAAGAGAGUCAGAGACGAAACCAACGUGGCUCUUUCAGUAAGGUGAAUCUUACCGAGUAAACAAACAGCCGCAUGUAGUCAUCCUCAGACUUAACUAUCAAACCCUCUGAGCCUGUUACUGACCCUCAAAAACAACUUUUUGUAUUUUGGGAAUCUCUCAAGCAUUGUCAAGCAUAUUUUGAAUCUUUUAACCAAAACAUUAAGAAACGCAUUUUUACUUCUUUUUAGAAAAGCAGCCAAGAUUAUGAGGUAACAACAAAAUUUAAUAGCAUGUGCUAGAAAAUAAUGAGAAAUAGUAACUUUGCAGUCUAUGUUGAAAUAUAUUAGAUUUCAAAUAUUUUAAAAUUGACAAAAUGCGAAACCGGAAGCACAGAGAAGAUUGGCGUUUCAAAACGUGUGCUAUUUACUUUUGUCUCCUCUUGUGAGGAAACCGGAACGUGGAGACUCGGUUCCAGAUCUGCCAGGGGG